AUGGACCUUCAUUUGUCGCGGCUACACAGCUCCGCCCUUUCAGACACGGAAAGGCUGGUCGCCUUCCUCAACAAGACUGGUACUGCUGCUGCUGCUGCUGCAGUUGCUGCUGCUGCUGCUGCAGUUGCUGCUGCUGCUGCUGCAGUUGCUGCUGCUGCUGCUGCAGUUGCUGCUGCUGCUGCUGCAGCUGUCGCACUUGCUGUUGCGAUUGCUGCAUUUCUCCCUCGCAGCGCCCCGCCCGCUGCAGCUGCUGCAGCCGCAUGUGGGGUGCCUGCUGCUGCUAAUGCUGCUGCUGCUGCUGCUGCUGCUGCUCAUGCUGCUGCUGCUGCUGCUGCUGCUGCAGAGGGGAGGGACAAGGCCACAAAGGCGCUGCAGUACGGCUGCCGGCUGCUGGCGUGGGCGUCGAGCAAUUCGAAGAUAUCGGAGAAGUUUGCCUCCCUUUACAGGGCGAGCGCGGACAGCCGCAAGUUGUUUCGCCUGGGCAAAUUCGUGAAUGAAUAUUUGCUGCUGCUGAAGCUGGCUGCAGCAAAGACGCCGGACAGCGACACGAAUAGAAAGAUACAACUGCUGCAAGCGCUGUGCCGCGCGGCCUUCUUUUGCUACUGGGUGACUGACAACGCUUUCAUUCUUUCGAAGCUGCGGGUGCUGAGCAGAGACUCCCAGAAACUCGCCAGACUUUCGGGACUCUUCUGGCUGGUGGCUCUGCUGGCGGGGGUGUACUGCGAGGUGCUGCGGCUGCGCGCAGCAGCAGCAGCAGCAGCAGCAGCAGCAGCAAAUAAGGACGCGGACAGCAGCGAGGGAAGCAGCUCUAAGGAAGCAGCAGCAGCAAAUCUGCAGCUGCAAAGCACCAGAAGAACCAUCCAGCUGAACCUGUUGAAGCAGUGCUGUGACCUGCCUGCAGCAGCAAACAUGGCGGGGCUGACAGCUCUGCUGCUGCGCCGCAACUUCAGCGACGGCUUUGUGGGAGCAACAGGACUUUUGUCGGCUUUGAUUUCUUGCCACCAGCUUUACUAG